AUGAAGUUCACCACCAUCGUCAGCCUUUUCGGCCUCGCCCAGCUUGCCCUCUGUAACAACCGCGGUAGCUACACCAUUCCUGGCCUCGGACAGCGCAAGCAAGCCCUCCUCAAGGCAGGCGGAAACACCAUGGACAUGGCCAUCGCCAUGCAAGAGAGCGACCACAUGAAAGCCGACUACGUCUACGGCGACGGCAAAUCCGGCGAUGCCACCAACUUUGGCAUCUUCAAGCAAAACUGGAUGAUGCUGCGUACUUCUGCCCACGAUUUCAAGGGUCAAUCUGAGAAUGAGGUGUCCAACGGGGCUGUCUUGAACCAUGACCUGGAGAAGGACAUCAAGGCCCGCCAUGACAGUGAGGAGCACUAUGGCUUCGACACCUGGGUUGCUGGCCAUCGCAAUGGAGCUUCUGGGCUGGACGAGCCGUACACGGAUGAUAUCAAUACGUAUAAAAGUGCCGUUCAGUGGAUCCAGCAGCAGAUUGAGAGUGAUCCCAAGUAUCAGGAGGAUGAUACCAGAUUCUGGGUUGAUGUUAAGGCCAUCUAG